AUGCGGGAUGCCCUCAUGGCGCACCCCAAGGGUACACCAUGGGUUGUUGCAACCGGCACAUUGACCAAUGUUGCCCUAUUGUUCGCGACUUUCCCCGAGGUUGCGGAGCACAUUGCCGGUCUGACCAUCAUGGGUGGAGGUGUUGGUGAAGGAUUCACCGACGCUCCCAUGAGCAGACUCGAGGGACAAGAAAACAGAAUUGGCAACGUAACGCCCCUUGCUGAGUUCAACAUCUACUGUGACCCCGAAGCCUCCCAAGCCAUUUUCAGCGACCCAGUCGUUGCAUCCAAGACCACCCUGAUUACUCUCGACCUCACCCACCAAGUCCUUGCCGACCAGAGCGUCCGGAACCUCGUCCGCCACGGCGUGGACGAUGCCUCCGUCGAGCCCACUACCCUGCGUCAGAUGCUAUACGAGCUCCUGAUCUUCUUCGCCAAUACUUACGAAACCGUCUUCGGUCUUUCCACUGGUCCUCCCCUGCAUGACCCCCUUGCUGUGGCGGUCAUCCUGUCAAACUUGAACCCUGCCUACGCGAAGAGCCACCCCGACCAGGUUCUGAAGUUCGACGACCGCGGCGGAGAGCGCUUCUCCGUCAAUGUCAUCACAGACGGACUCCAUGGAACUGACAUUGCGCUGGUGGGCUCGCUGGGUCGGUCUGUGGUUGAGGCGAACCCUAACGCGGUUUGCAUUCCCCGUGGUGUGGAUCUGGAUGCGUUCUGGCAUAUGAUCAAUGACUGCAUCAAGCGGGCGGAUAAGUGCAAUGCGGCAAGGAAGGCCUAA